AUGAACGCAACCAAGAUCGUAAAACACACCUGCACGCAAAUUUCAAAAGAUUUUGAAAAUUUUAAAAAGACUGUGAGCCCCACUAGGAGAACCAAAAAUUAUGUAACCACACGUCUCGAAACCCUUGAAGGCAAUUGGGUGAACAUAAAAAACCAAUAUCAAAUAGUGAUUUGCAGUGAUGACGUCAAAGAAGAUGUAGUAAAAAGCACCGAAGAAUUGUUUAAUGAAGCAAAUGAGAUAUAUACGCUCUACAGAUCUAUGCUAUUAGAUGAGUUGGACAAGUUUGCAGAGGCGAAAGCGAAAGAAAUACCUCCUGCUGUUCCUCCAGUUGCAAAAUCUGACGAUAAUAAGCAUCACGAUGUACGCUUACCCAAAAUUAAUCCUCCGACUUUUACGGGUGAAUAUCAGAAUUGGCGUUCAUUUAGAGAUCAAUUCGUUUCUUUGGUCCAUAGCAAUAAAUCACUAACAAAUAUAGAAAAGCUUCAUUAUUUAAAGUCAUGCUGUAAAGAAGGAGCAGGCAUUUUGCUCGAACAUAUAAACGUAGAUGAUGCUAGCUAUGAAAAGGCAUGGGAAUUAUUAAAUUCACGGUAUGAUUUUAAGAGAAUUCUUGUUAAUAACGAGUUAAAGUUGUUUUAUGAAUUACCAGUAAUUCAUGAGGAGAAUUCGAAAGGUAUCCGCGAAUUGUUGGAUAAUUCAACCAAAAUUUUACACGCCCUCACAAACCUAGGACUGCCGGUCCAACAUUGGGAUGCAAUCAUCAUUUUCAUGCUUUUAAAAAAGCUUCCAUCAACAGUACAAACGAAAUGGGAAGCAACACUUGGAACUAAGAAAGAGAUACCCACUUAUAAGGAGUUUUCGGAUUUCUUAGAGACAAGAUUCCGAACACUGGAAAUGGUUGAUGAGCAACAAAAUGUGAAAUCAACCUCAACACAUAAAAAACCAUUAAAAACGGUAUUUCAUGUUAAUGCUGAAACAGCAAAUUUUUCAUGCAAACUGUGCCAUAAGGGUGCACACUCAUUAAGAACAUGUACAAAGUUUUUAAAAAUGGAUGUCAACACAAGGCAACGAACUGUAAAACAAUUAGGGAACUGUUUUAACUGCUUGGCAUAUAGCCAUAAGACAAAUAGUUGCCCUAGUGAUAAAAAAUGCCAUUUUUGUCAAAAGCAACAUAAUUCAUUGCUUCAUUUCGGUAACGCACAAAACCAACUCAACUUACACAAUCAACAAAACACAUACCAACGACAAACAUUCACUCAAGCUAAUCAAUUACCACCCAAUUCAAAUAACACAAUCUCUCAAACUCAAACCAGAACUAUGCCACACAAUAAAACAAAUUCAUUCAACAACACAAAUCCAAACACAUAUAACACAAACAGCUCACAUGCACACCAUAUAUCAACAGAAUUCAAUCCAAAUGCAUCAGCCUUCUAUCCAAACGAUCCACCACCAUCAACAUCAUCAAAUUGCUUUCACUUGAAGGACUUUAAAAAUACACAAAUUUUACUUGCAACAGCAAUCAUAAAAGUCAAAUCAGCUGAUGGAAACUUUAUAAAAUUAAGAGCUUUGAUUGAUCCUGGAUCACAAGCUACGUUUAUAACGGAAUCAGCAUCUCAACUUUUGCGACUCAAAAAAUACAAUACUUCAUUUGAUAUUUCGGUAUUAGGGCAGAACAAAAGCGGUUCUUGUCAAAACUAUAUUGAACUUACCCUAAGUUCAAAUUAUUCAGAUUUCACUAUGUCGACAAAAGGUUAUGUAUAUAAAACAUUAACAGGGCUUUUACCAAGUCAUGAAAUUAUUUCAACAAAAUGGAAACAUAUCCAAGGUUUAAAAUUAGCCGAUCCAACAUUUCAUCGACCAUCAAACAUCGAUAUUUUGUUAGGGAAUGACGUUUAUUGCGAAAUAAUUUUGAAUGAAGUCAUUCGUGAUGAUGAACAAAUAUGUCCAAUCGCUCAAAAAACCGAAUUUGGUUGGAUCAUUUUAGGAAAAGUACCGCUUGAAAAACCCAACUCUAUUCAAGUCUACACACAAAUUGUCGACAUAGACACACAAAUGCGAAAGUUUUGGGAGAUUGAGGAAUCUCCAUACCAAAAAACCGAAACAGAGGAAGAUGAAGCGUGCGAAAAUCACUUUUUAAAACACGUCAAGAGGUUGCCGGGAGGGCGUUUUGAAGUAUCGUUACCUUUCAAGGCAAAUCAACGGCCAGAGCUAAAAUCAACACAACAAACAGCAUUAAGGAUGUAUUACAAGCAAGAAGAAAAGUUACUUAUCAACCCAACAUUACACGAAGAAUAUAAUAAAUGUCUGGCAGAAUAUCUCAAACUUAACCAAAUGGAAGAAGUGGAUAUCACUCAAGACAGCAUCUACAACUCACCUUUUCACAACAUCGUUCCACAUCAUGCCGUCAUAAAGGACUCCAGUACAACCACAAAACUGCGUGUAGUCUUCAACGCAUCAUUUAAAACUUCGAAUGGAACUUCGUUGAAUGACCAUCUUAUGACUGGACCUAAGACACAAACAGAUAUUAUAGCAAUAGUUUUAAGGUGGAGAACACAUAAAAUUACCUUUACAUCUGAUAUAGAAAAGAUGUAUAGACAAAUCCACAUUCAUCCAGAUGAUGCAUAUUAUCAAAUGCUGUAUUGGCGUGAAGAUACAACAACACCAGUUAAACUCUACAAGGUUAAGGUUUUGAUGUUUGGUACUGCUCCAGCUCCAUAUUUAGCGAACAGAACUCUCAAAAAACUUGCCUCUGACGAAGAAUCAACAUACCCACUAGCCGCCCAAAUGAUCCGUGAAGACAUGUACAUAGAUGAUUUAGUUUCAGGUGCUGACACAUUAGAGGUAGCCAACGAAAAGUACCAUCAAAUUUCAACAUUAUUAACUUCAGCUGGAUUUCAUCUUCGUAAAUGGAUGAGUAAUGACAGGGAAUUUUUGAAAUCCAUUCCGGAAGAAGACCGAGAAACAAGUGUUUCUUUGACUUUCGGAUCUCUGGAUCACACGAAGACUCUUGGAAUCAGUUGGUUCCCAUCUACUGACUCAUUUUCUUUCCAAAAGAUCGUUCUCGACAAUAUCGUUACAAAACGUUCCAUUCUUUCAACCAUCGCUCGUCUUUUUGAUCCAUUAGGAUGGAUAGCACCUUGUAUUAUCAAGGCUCAGAUCAUCAUGCAGCAAUUAUGGCUGAAGGGCCUCUCAUGGGACGACAAUAUUCCAGCUGAAUUACAACAGGAAUGGCUCUCUUUUCAAGAAGAGUUAGACAUUUUAGAAGACAUACACAUUCCAAGAUGGAUAAACACUCAAACUGACAUCAAACAAAUAGAACUCCACGGAUUCAGUGAUGCAUCAAUUAAAGCGUAUGGAGCUGUCGUCUACCUUAGAGUAUUAGACAACCAGAACCUCAUACACACUCAUUUGCUCAUUUCUAAAACAAAGGUAGCGCCUGUAAACACAAUAUCGUUACCGAGAUUAGAACUUUGCGGAGCUGUUAUGCUGGCAAAACUUCUCGAUUAUACCCGAUCAGUUCUUCCAUUUAAAACCGUCCAAUUAUUUGCAUGGACUGAUUCUACAAUAACCUUGAGCUGGAUAUCUGGAUUACCAUCAAAAUGGAAGACAUUCAUAGCCAAUAGAGUCACCGAAAUUCAACGGUUGACCAAUAUAAGUAUAUGGCGACAUAUCCCCACCAAAUUAAACCCAGCGGAUUUAAUAUCUCGUGGUAUCCUUCCAUCGAAAUUGAAGAUCAAUACACUAUGGUGGAAUGGACCACACUUUCUUCAUGAAAAAUGGGAUUUUUCAGUACCUAAACAACCUGCCCAAUUAGAAACGGAAGAAGAAAAGAGACAAAUCAAGAUUCAUGUCACCAUCAAAGAUGCUAAUGGCAUUCUUGAUGUAGUUUGCAAAAAAUCCAAGCUUAUCAAGGUAUUAAGAAUCGUCGCCUUAGUAAACAGAUUUAUCUAUAAUUUAAGAAAGGAUGAUGUUUUAAGAAUGAAGUCAGUUCUUUCACCCAUAGAACUUGACAUCGCAUUGCGUACAACCAUAAGGAGUGUUCAACAAUUCAUGUUUCCCGAUGUCAUAAAAGAACUCGAACUUACUAAGAGAACAAAGCUUAAUAAAUCUCUAAACAUGUUUAUUGAUCGAUCUGGUAUUAUAAGAAUUGGUGGCCGACUACAAAAUGCCAAUCUUACAUAUGAUCAAAAGCAUCCUAUUGCAUUGAAACCAGAUCAUAACUUCUCGAAACUCAUCAUUGAAGAUGCUCAUGAGAAAACCCUACAUGGAGGUAUCCAGCAAACAAUCGCUUUUAUUCGAAAUCAAUUUUGGAUUUUCAAUAUGAAAAGAACAGUGAAGAAGUGGUUGAGUAAAUGCUUCACUUGUUUUAGUAAUCAACCCAAAUCAAUGGAACAACUGAUGGGAAACCUUCCUGCACCCAGAGUAAAUAUGUCACGACCAUUCACUCACACUGGUGUAGACUAUGCCGGCCCUUUGGAAGUUAAAACUUGGAAAGGAAGAAAUUCCAAGAAAUUUAAAGGAUAUUUUGCAAUUUUCAUAUGCCUCUCCACGAAAGCAAUUCAUCUUGAAGCUGUAACAGAUCUCACAACUCAAGCCUUUAUCGCCGCGUUCAGAAGAUUUAUAUCUCGAAGAGGAAUAUGUUCAAAUAUUUAUAGCGACUGCGGUACUAAUUUCAAGGGUGCUAAUACCGAACUUCAAAAGAUGUUAAAUGUAGCCAAACAGGAUUAUAAAGAAAUAGCUGACUCACUAAGUAAAUUGGGUACCAAGUGGAACUUUAUUCCUCCUGCUUCUCCUCACUUUGGUGGUUUAUGGGAAGCAGGAGUGAAAUCAGUCAAAUACCACAUAAAACGGAUUGCCCGAAACCAAGCCCUAACAUUCGAGGAGCUCAGUACGCUUCUAACACAAAUAGAAGCUUGUCUUAACUCGAGACCCCUUUGUCCCGUUACAGAUAGCUUGGAUGAUUUUAACGCCCUAACACCAGCACACUUUUUGAUCGGCACAUCAAUGCAUACAGUCCCUGAAGCCAACCUACCAACUGAAAAGAUAGGCUACUUGGACAGAUGGAAACGACUACAAGCAUUACUGCAGUCAUUCUGGAAGGAAUGGAGCGGAGAAUAUUUAACAAGGCUUCAAAAUCGACCGAAAUGGUUGAAAAUCGAAAAACAACCUAAGAUCGGAGAUUUAGUCUUGCUGAGAGAUGAAAGACUUCCACCGUCACAAUGGUCCCUAGCAAGGAUUGUUGAAACCUAUCCAGGACAAGAUGAAUUGAUCCGCGUUGUAAAAGUAAGAACCCAGAACAACGAAUUCAAAAGGCCUAUCACAAAAAUCUGCCCACUCCCAUCGAACAACAUUGAUACAGAAACCACAACAGUGUAA